AUGCAGUUCUCCAAGGAGAAGUACCUGCUGGAGUCUCCCCCCGAGAAACUUCGUAAGGAGCUGGAGGAAGAGCUGAAACUGAGCUGUGCUGACAUCAGGAGCCAUGGCUGGUACCAUGGACACAUACCCAGAGAGGUGUCAGAGACUCUGGUUGUGCGUAAUGGAGAUUUCCUGGUGCGGGACUCCCUGACCAGUGUGGGCGACUACGUGCUGACCUGUCGUUGGGAUAAUGAGGUGCAACACUUCAAGGUCAGCAAAGUCCUGGUCAAAGCCAACGAGACCAAGGUGCAGUAUGUGUUGGAGGCUGACAGUUUCGACUCGGUGCAGGAGCUUGUACGGUUUUACGUGGGCCAGCGCAAACCUGUCUCCCAAUCCAGCGGUGUCCACAUCUACUGUCCAGUUAGCAGGACUUUGCCCCUGCGCUACCUUGAGGCCACUUUCGCCCUGGCCAACAGCAAGCAAGGCUCUGCCUAUUCACCAUCCAAUCAGAGGGGAGCGUACAUCAAGAGAAGGAGUGUCACAAUGACUGACGGGCUGACGACAGAGAAGAUGAUACCUCACAGCCCUUCAACCAUUCACCACCAUAAAGACGCAAUGCGGAACUGUGCAAUGAGCAUGGACCAGAUUCAGGAGUAUCGUUGCCCCUUGUCACCUGUUGGAGAAACCCCUCUAUCUCCUGCAUAUAGUGCCAUCACCAGGCAGAGAGCGCACUCAGGAGGGAGGGCCCUGGCUGUUGUCCCACCCUCACCAGCGAUGCGUCGUUCCAGCGACCCUCAGCUCAGCCCCUCCGCCAGUAACAACCCUCCGGAGCAUCCCGCGCAUACCUCUCAUUCAGCACACUCCUCACCCGCCCAUCAUCAAAGCUACCAAUCGCAUUCCUCGGAAACAGCAGGGAGCUACUGUGACCUCAGACCUUGCCCCGCCGGGCCCCCCAAACCCCCGACUAAAAGCUACGUGGAACGAUUGCGAGUGGAAGAAGGGAGAGUGGAGGGAGCAAGGGAGGAAGGAGAGGGGAUGUUCAGCGCUCCACAGGUGGAGACAUCGUCCUCCUUCAGGCCAUCCAGGUUCGAGUCUUGCCUUUUGCCCACUGAGAAUAAGCCUCUGGAGAUGUUCGUGCUGAAGAGAGUCAAAGAGCUGCUGGCUGAGGUGGAUGCAAGGACCGCAGCUAAACACAUCACCAUGGUGGACUGCACGGUUGCUAGAAUAUUGGGCGUAACCUCAGAUAUGCAAAGGAUGAUGGGAGUGUCCUCAGGGUUGGAGUUGCUGACAUUACCACAUGGACACCAGCUGAGACUUGACCUGCUGGAGAGGUUUUACACCAUGUCUAUCAUGAUGGCAGUGGACCUGCUUGGCUGCACAGGAAGUACCGAAGAGAGAGCGGCCCUGCUCCAUAAGACCAUCCAAUUAGCAGCGGAGUUGAAAAGCAACCUGGGCAACAUGUUUGGCUUUGCUGCUGUGAUGAGAGCACUGGAGCUGCCACAGAUUUCUCGCCUGGAGCAGACGUGGGUGACAUUACGCCAGAGACAUACAGAGGGCGCUAUUCUGUAUGAGAAGAAACUUAAACCUUUCAUGAAGAAUGUGAAUGAUGGAAAAGAGUCUAGUGUCCUCUCCAACACCUCCUUCCCCCACAUCAUUCCUGUGCUGUCCUUACUGGAGCGGGGAGUGAAUCUCGGGGAGGGUUUGGAGCCCUGGGAGAGUGCAGAAAUGGGAGUGGAUGUGGUCAUGUACCACCUCGAAGGAGCUCGUACCAUUGCACAUCACGGGGGAAUCUACAGAACCAAUGUUGAGACCAAACUGCAGGGAUUCCAGGAGCGAGCAGAAAUACGCGACAUUUUCCAGACAGAGUUUCAGAUGCGUCUCCUGUGGGGCAGCCGCGGCUCUGAGGGUAGCCAAUCUGAGCGUUACGAGAAGUUCGACAAGGUCCUCACCGCCCUAUCACACAAGCUCGAGCCUCCUGUGCGCCACAGUGAGCUAUAGCACCCGCCACAACACCGACCAUUGCCAAAACACCCCCAUCUGCACUUACCACUCAUACUGGUAUGGUCUUAUUUUGCAUCGCAGCGGAUGAUGUGGAAGAGACAGCAAGGAGGGUGAGUGACUGAAGAGGCAGCUAAAAGAGCAUCUGAAGUGAGCAAUAGGA